AUGAUUUGUAUUAUAAAAAUUGUAAUAUUUAUAACAACUAUACCAAUUAUUGCUGGGCGACAUUUUGGAUACAGUAAACGUGAUCAGCACAUAUGGGUUAAAAAUUUUAAAUUAUGUAGCGGAAAAUUGCAAUCUCCAAUAUCUUUAUCGUCGUUCAAAUCAGUAGCUCUUCCUUUACCAGCUCUCGAAGUAAUUGGCUAUCACGAUUUCCUUCCAAAUCCAUUAUAUUUAAAAAAUAGUGGUCAUUCAGUUGUAAUAAAUGUAAAUAAUCAUUUAAGAAAAGAACUACCUUAUAUAUUUGGUGGUUCACUUGAUGCAAAUCAAGAAUACGAAAUAGAUCAUUUACAUUUUCAUUGGGGUGCAAAAAAUAAUAGAGGGUCUGAGCACAUUUUGAAUGGCAUUAGAUAUCCCAUGGAAAUGCAUAUAGUUCAUAGAAAUAAAAUUUAUUCAAAUUUAUCUAAUGCAUCGAAUUAUAAAAAUGGUCUUGUAGUUUUAGGGAUUUUUUUUCAAUUACAGGAAGAAGAUAACGAAUCGUUACAUUCUAUUGUAAGUGACUUAAUGUGUGUGCAAGGAAUAAAUAGAGCAAUAAAAUUAAGUAGUCCUAUAACAUUAGCUUCAUUAUUACCCAAAAAUAUAGAUAUAUUUUAUACUUAUAAAGGUUCAUUAACUACUCCUCCAUGUAAUGAAGUAGUAACAUGGAUAAUAUUUCCGACACCGGUACCAAUAUCUUUCACACAACUAAACAAAUUUAGAUCACUUUCCAAUGGAAAAGAUAUGUUAGCUGAUAAUUUCAGAAAAUUACAAAACAUUGGACUUAGGAAAACAUAUGUCAGAAGACUGAAUCCACUUUUAAUUGCGAAGUAUAACGGAACGAUUUUUAAUGCUGAAAAUUUGGAUUGGUUUUGGCAUUAG